AUGGCUAAAAACACCUCCCUUUAUUUUCGUAUCGUUGAAGGACGGAAUUUACCGGCAAAAGAUGUUUCAGGGACCAGCGAUCCGUACUGCAUCGUUAAAGUUGACAAUGAGGUCGUGGCCAGAACUGCAACUGUGUGGAAGAACCUCAACCCAUUUUGGGGGGAAGAAUACACUCUCCACCUGCCAAUGGGCUUUCACACACUUACGUUCUAUGUCAUGGAUGAAGACACCAUUGGCCAUGAUGAUGUGAUUGGGAAGAUCUCAUUGAAUAAAGAGGUGAUUUCAGCUCAGCCCAAAGGUUUAGAUAACUGGCUGAACCUGACUCGUGUGGACCCUGAUGAGGAGGUCCAGGGGGAGAUCCAUCUGGCUCUGGAGCUGAAGAGAGAAGCUCAGAGAACAUGUUUGAAAUGUCACGUUAUAGAGGCCAGAGACCUGGCCCCCCGUGACAUCUCUGGCACAUCAGAUCCAUUCACUCGUAUCAUUUAUAACAACCUCAGCACAGAGACGUCUAUCAUUAAAAAGACCCGUUUCCCUCACUGGGAUGAGACUCUGGAGCUGUGUUUGGAUCAGGCUGGGGAUGCAGAGGGGGGCACUGUGACAGUGGAGGUUUGGGACUGGGACAUGGUGGGAAAGAAUGAUUUUCUGGGGAAGGUUGAGAUCCCCUUGUCCUGUCUGCACAGAACUCCCUUACUUCAGGGUUGGUUUCGUCUGCUGCCCCUGGGGAAUACAGAGGAUGACGCCGGUGGGAAGCUGGGAGCGCUGCGUUUGAGGGUACGUUUGGUGGAGGAGAGGAUUCUCCCAUCUGUGUACUACCAGCCCCUGAUUGACCUGCUGGUGGAAGCUGUCAUUUCCCCCUCCGAGGUGGAAGAUCCCACCCCUCUCACCCUACUGGAGGAGGUGACUACAGUGGAGAGCCGUCAGGAUGUUGCCAUGACACUGGUGAAGAUUUACCUCGGCCAGGGGCUUGUGGUUCCUUUCCUUGACUACCUGAACACCAGAGAGGUUCACCACACAUCGGACCCAAACACACUCUUCCGCUCCAACUCUCUUGCCUCCAAAGCUAUGGAGCAGUUCAUGAAGGCUGUUGGAAUGCUUUAUCUCCAUGAGGUUCUAAAGCCGAUCAUUAACCGCAUCUUUGAGGAGAAGAAGUACAUUGAGCUUGACCCCUGUAAGAUAGACCUGAACCGCUCCAGGCGGAUCUCGUUUAAAGGCUCGGUGUCAGAGGCUGAGGUGAGAGAGAGCAGUGUUGGGAUGCUGCAGGGUUAUCUGAGCAGCAUAAUGGAAGCCAUUGUGAACUCCGUUUCCCAGUGUCCUCCAGUAAUGAGGGUGGUCUUCAAGCAGCUGCAUAAACGAGUGGAGGAGCAGUUCCCUGAGCCAGAAAAUGAGGACGUCAAGUACUUGGCCAUCAGUGGGUUUUUCUUCCUGCGCUUUUUUGCCCCUGCAAUCUUGACCCCCAAACUCUUCCAUCUCAGAGACCACCACGCAGACACGCGGACCAGCAGAACGCUGCUGCUCCUCGCCAAGGCCCUGCAGAGUGUGGGUAAUCUUGGCUUGCAGUUGGGUCAUGGGAAAGAGCAAUGGAUGACCCCUCUCCACCCCAUCAUUCUGUGCAGUGUGGCGUCAGUCAAAGACUUUUUGGACAAGUUAAUAGACAUAGACCACGACAACGUGUGUGAGGCUCCUCAGAGAGCGGUGUUUUUGCCCUCUAUGACGGUGAAGGAGGGUUACCUGCACAAGCACAAGACUGAGGGACCACAGCUGCUGAAGCGCUUUGCCUUUAAGAAGCGUUACUUCUGGCUGAGCAGCGAGACCCUCUCCUAUGCCAAGAGUCCAGACUGGCAGGUGCGUUCCUCUAUACCUAUCCAGUGUGUGUGUGCGGUGGAGAGAGUGGACGAGAAUGCCUUCCAGCUGCAAAACGUGAUGCAGGUUGUCACCCAGGACAAUGACGGACAGCUGCACAUUAUGUACUUACAGUGCAAGAAUGUGAAUGAGCUGAACCAGUGGCUGUCAGCCAUCAGGAAGGCUAGCAUCUAUAAUGAGCGCAUGCUUCCCUCCUUCCAUCCGGGUGCCCACCGCAGCAACAAAUGGACCUGCUGCCUUCAGACAGAACGAGCAGCACUGGGCUGUAGUCGCACUCACUCGGCAGUAACUCUGGGAGACUGGAGCGACCCUUUAGACCCUGAUGCAGAGACUCAGACCAUCUAUAAAGAACUACUUCAGGGCAGAGACAAACUCAGGUCUCAGUACCUGGAGACACAGGAUACAGAAGCAGCCAAACAGGAUGAGACAUCCAUAAGCCCUGAUGGACUGGGGGUAUCGGUGCGGUGUCGCAGCGAACGUAGCCGUGCCAUCGUGUCUCGCCUUCUGGACGUUGUUUUGGAUUUGGAACGCGCCCACUCUUCCUUCCAGCGUAGAGAAAGAGAAGAGACUAGUCCCCUGAUCCUACCCCCUUAG